AUGAAACAGAACUCUGAAAUUCAUUUGUGCAAAUUACAUUAGUUUGUCUAAGAUAAAUGGAAUUGGGUGAAUACAGGAUAUAUUCAUUUUAAUUCAAAAAAUGAAAUGUUACUAUUAGAGAAGGACACGAGUAUGGAAGUAUUCGCUGUUUCAGUGAAAUAAGAAUACGAUUUCUUUUUUGAUGGAGAAGAAGGGAUUUAAUUUCAAUUUAAUGAGUACUACGGACUUAGUUUCCAGAGUAAAGAGGGAGCAUAAGUGGUCUGGAGUAAAAUCCAAAACAUUUUAAAUGAAGAAGAUGAUGAUGAAUCUAUAGUUUUGACUCCUGUGAAUGAGAGCACUCUGCCCCUCAUUCUGGAAACAAUGAGUAAACUAAUCUAGGGUGGUACAUAAACUAAAUAAAUGCUGUCGAGUUAUUUACUUAAUAAGAAGGAUUACUUCGAAAUGCUGAAUAACUUAUUCAAUCAAUUAGAAAAAGACCACAACCAAGAAUUAUUAGAAAUAAUGUGUUCAAUUGUUAAGAAUAUUGUGACUGUUUCUGAACAUGAACUAUUUCAAACCAUACUGAGCGAUUAAAUUUACAUGUUUAUCUUUGGUGCAUUAGAAUAUGAUAAAGAAAUGGCAAAGUCUUAGUUCGUUCCUCAUCGAUAAUUUCUGGAGAAGAAUGUGCAAUUCUUACAAGUAGUCCAAAUCAAGAGUAAAGAGCGAUUGAAAACCAUUCACUUCAUAUAUCGACUGUAGUACUUGCGCGAUUGUGGUUUGGCCUACUACAUCGACGAGUACCAGUAGAUGUUUAUUAAGAUAGUUUUAACUUGUUAUGUGGACCUCCUUAAAUACAUCGAGAAUUCUAAGGAAUUUCUAGUUGAUCUAAUUGACCAAUUGCGAAAUUUUAACUUCUUAGCCCUGAGAUUCCUAAAUGAAAUAUGUUCAGUAUUUAAGGAAUACUAAGAUUUGAAUAAGGCAUUCAUUUACUAAAGAUUAAGUGAGCAUGGAUUAUAUGAGAUUAUCGAAGAUUACAUAGUUGAUUCCCUCUAAAGUUUCCAAAAGCAAAAAGCUAAAUUCAAGAAAUUGAAGAUCAAAAUUUAAGAUGAUAUUUUCGAAAAAACAUCUACUCUGAUAUUAGAAUUGGUUAUUUCAUGUUUACAACACUACCCUUACAACUUUAGACAGUACAUUGUAAGUGAACAUCAAUAAGUACUCAAGUAUCCCCUAUUUAAUGUGAUUGUGGAUCAUGCAUUUGACAAUGAUUCAUAUCUGGAAAUAUUGAAGUUACUCAUUGAUAACACUUAAGAUGAACAAAAUGAAAUCUUGGAUUGCUUUUUGUCUUUAUUUUACCCUAAAAUAUCCCAAUCGAUAUCCCAUUAAUCUAGGAUUGAAUAGAAAACAUUAUUUGUUGAAUUAUCCUUAGGAUUAUCCAGAAACUUAAAAGCUUCUGUUAAGGAUGUAUUGAUUUAAAACUAAAUUGCUUUGAAAAUGGGAUUUAUAUUGCAAGAGAAGAAUAAGAUCUUACAAAUGAAGUGCUUGCAGUUUUUUAAAAUUCUGAUUUUAUAAAGAGAUGAAGAGAUAAAUAAGGAAGUCAUAAUGGCAUUUCCAAAUUUGAUAUCUCCACUUCUUCUAUAUAAAGGUCUAAGAGAAAAUUUGAUAUUUUCAUAAUUUUUGGAGAUAGUAAAGAUCAUUUAUGAAGGGGGCAAUCAAAACAUAAUUAAAUCUUUAGAAUAGGAACUUAAAUUCUGGGAAUAGCAUUCUAAUUACUUGAAAAUCCAUGACAUUUUCAAAUCCAUUAAGUCCAAUUGCAUGAAACAACAAUUCAGUACAUUAUCCGUUGAUUCCAAACCACAACAAUAAUAAGCUAAUUAUAAUGUUAUUGAUGAUGAGAUCGAUUUAUUCAAAUCUGUAUAAGGUCACAGUACACCUCUGCAUAAAUAGACGUCAAAAAAAUUAGUUGAAUAUGAUGAUGAUGUUGAGGUGAUUUCUAAGAAGACCAAAUUAGAUUGA